AUGGCUCCAUCAGUAGGAUCUCAGCAGCCACCGGUGGAGGCAGAGAUUAAUAUUCAAAACGCCACCGCCACCACUGUUACCACCAGAGUUGAAGAUGAAGUGCUGCCCAUCAAAUCAAAAGUCACAGUUGUGGGCAGUGGGAAUUGGGGCAGUGUUGCUGCUAAACUCAUUGCCUCCAACACCCGAAAGCUUAGCUCUUUCCACGAUGAAGUGAGGAUGUGGGUAUUUGAGGAGAUGCUGCCAACUGGAGAAAAACUCUCAGAAGCCAUCAAUCGAACCAAUGAGAAUGUUAAAUAUCUUCCAGGAAUAAAGCUUGGUGAAAAUGUUGUUGCAGACCCUAACCUUGAAAAUGCAGUGAAGGACGCAAACAUGUUGGUAUUUGUAACACCACAUCAGUUCGUGGAGGGCAUAUGCAGAAAGCUUGUUGGGAAGAUAAGAGAAGAUGCUGAAGCAAUUUCGCUGAUUAAAGGAAUGGAAGUGAAGAAAGAAGGUCCAUGCAUGAUCUCUACCCUAAUUUCAGAACAGCUUGGAGUUAAUUGUUGUGUUUUGAUGGGGGCAAAUAUUGCCAAUGAGAUUGCAGUCGAGAAAUUUAGCGAGGCGACUGUUGGAUACAGAAAACAUAAAGAGAUUGCAGAAAAAUGGGUUCAUGUAUUCAACACUACAUACUUCAUGGUCUCAGCUGUCCAAGAUGUGGAAGGAGUUGAACUAUGUGGUACACUGAAAAAUGUCGUGGCCAUUGCAGCAGGAUUUGUGGACGGGUUGGAGAUGGGAAAUAACACCAAGGCUGCAAUUAUGAGAAUUGGUCUGAGGGAAAUGAAGGCCUUUUCCAAGCUACUUUUCCCUUCUGUCAAAGAUACUACUUUCUUUGAGAGCUGCGGUGUAGCAGAUCUAAUAACAACUUGCUUGGGGGGACGAAACAGGAAAUGUGCUGAGGCUUUUGCCAGAAAUGGUGGAAAAAGGUCUUUUGAUGAGCUCGAAGCAGAGAUGUUACAGGGCCAAAAAUUACAGGGUGUCUCAACGGCAAAAGAGGUUUAUGAGGUGUUAAGCCAUCGGGGAUGGUUAGAGCUGUUCCCUCUUUUCUCAACAGUGCAUGAGAUUUGCACAGGUCGCCUUCCACCUUCAGCGAUAGUCGAAUACAGCGAGCACACUCCCAAGUUUUCCCUUGUGGGAGUAUGGCUCUUAGAGCUUAGAGGCAAAUAG